CGAAGUCGCAGGGAAACCAGGAGGAAGGCUAGUGCAGAGAAUCAGAGCUGUCUGGGUGAAAGGGCAAAGGCAAGCAGCAGAGGGAGGCCAUUACGUGUCUCCUUCCUCCAGGUUCCUCUCGGGGCUGCCAUGGAUUUGCUCAGCAGAGGGGCGGUGUUCAAGGCCCUGGUGUUCCUCUGCUUCAUCAGAUCGUCUCAAGGAGGAGAUCUGAAUCUCCCUCCCUUGGUGAAGGCAAGCAGGUUCCAAAGCGAGGCAUACGACUACAUCAUUGUCGGCGGCGGCACGGCCGGGUGCCCGCUGGCGGCCACGCUGUCCCACAAGUACAAGGUUCUCCUGCUGGAGCGAGGUGGGUCUCCAUAUGGCAACCGCAACAUCACGUUGCUGGAGAACUUCCACAUUUGCCUGGCCGACGUUUCACCGCAGUCACCGUCACAAGCUUUCAUCUCCACGGAUGGCGUGAUAAAUGCCCGCGCAAAUGUCCUGGGUGGCGGAACAUGUAUCAACGCCGGCUUCUACAGCCGGGCGAAACCAAGCUUCGUCCAGCAAGCAGGCUGGGACGCAGAGCUGGUGAACCAGUCCUACCCUUGGGUCGAAGAGAGGAUUGUCCACUGGCCCAAAGUGGCGCCAUGGCAGGCUGCGCUCCGGGACGGGCUUCUGGAAGCAGGGGUCUCACCAUACAACGGGUAUUCCUAUGACCAUCUCUACGGGACUAAAGUCGGGGGCACCAUAUUCGACGACACCGGGCGCCGGCACACGGCUGCCGACCUCCUUGCUGCUGGAAACGCUAGCAACCUCCGGGUGCUGCUCCAUGCUACCGUCGACAAGAUUGUCCUCGCAAGGAAGCACGGCGGGGGGAGGAAGCAGCCGAGGGCUACUGGAGUUCGGUUCAGAGACGAGAACGGAGCGCACCACCAGGCCUUCCUCACAAGGAAGAGGGGUAGCGACGUCAUUGUUUCCGCCGGCGCAAUUGGCAGCCCACAGCUACUGCUGCUCAGCGGGAUCGGGCCGAGGGGUCAACUCAGCAGGCACAACGUUUCUCUAGUGCACGCCAACGAACACGUCGGGGAAGGGAUGUCGGACAAUCCGAUGAACUCCAUCUUCGUGCCUAUGAAGAGCCCCACGAAGCAGUCCUUGAUUGAAACUGUCGGGAUAACGGACGCUGGGGUGUUUAUUGAAGCCAGCAGUGGUUUCAGCCAGUCCGACGAUAGCAUCCAUUGCCACCAUGGAAUCAUGUCUGCUGAGAUUGGACAGAUAUCUACAAUUCCACCAAAGCAAAGAAGUCUUGAUCAAAUCCAAGAGUACGUGCGUAACAAACAUAGCCUGCCCAAAGAAGUGUUUGACGGAGGAUUCAUUCUUGAGAAGAUCGAUGGCCCACUGUCGACUGGCAGUCUGGUGCUCGCCGACACCGACGUCGAUAGCAACCCCAGCGUGAGCUUCAACUACUUCCAGCAUCCACAGGACCUCAGGCGCUGCGUCUACGGGAUUCAGACGAUCGAGAGAAUACUCAAGACAAACCACUUCGCUAACCUUACCGCCAACGGUGCCGGGUACCCGAUGGAAACGCUGCUCAAUCUGAGCGUCUCGGCUAACAUAAACCUGAUACCCAAGCACACAGACGACACCACGUCCUUGGAGCAGUUCUGCAGGGACACGGUCACAACCAUCUGGCACUACCAUGGGGGAUGCCAUGUUGGCAAGGUGGUGGAUCGACACUACCGGGUGAUUGGCAUCUCCGGCCUCCGUGUGAUAGAUGGAUCAACCUUGUUCAGUUCACCAGGAACGAAUCCACAGGCCACGGUCCUAAUGAUGGGCAGAUACAUGGGGGUGAAGAUUCUAAGGGAAAGAUUAGGACGAGCAGCUGGAGUAUAAUGGACUUUAUCCAGCUCAUCAAGUAUGAAUGUGACUUAGGAGGAGACAAGUAUAUAGUGAUUUUUGAAAGCGAUUCAUUAAAUCGCCAAACAAACAAAACAAAAUUAAGCCAGGGGUUCCAUUUGUAUUCUUGCUGCUCUCAUAUAUAUAUGCAUGGUCUAUCAC